GGAAAGGAGGACACGGGGAAAGACAAGGGGACACGGGGAAAGAUAAGGGGACACGGGGAGAGACCGAAAUCAACGAAGCCUUAUCUUAUGCAAGAACACAAGAACAUUCCGAGCGACCCCCUCCAAAGGAAUAUAAUAGCGUGCCUGAGAGACGGUCAAAAAGUAAACGUCACGCAACUCCGAAUACGUCUGAAACUGCCAAAGAAGGAGGUGAACAAGGCCCUCUACACGAUGGAAAACGAAGGGUUUCUACUACGGGAGAACGGUGAGGACUCGAUGGCUCCACUGUGGUCGCUGGCCACCACCAACUUGCGUGAGCAUGACCUCCCAACCUCGAUAGCCAUUGGAGCCUUCUCCCCGCCGGCCUCCUCUUGUCUAGCCCCCGCCAGCGCAACCCAUGCGCGACCACACGAGCCUCUGCGUGCUUACGAAUCGGAUUGGAAAAGCCGGCUGAACACGUCUGCAAUUAAAAUAGAACACGACGAAGAAGCCCCCCCAGAGUGUAGGGCCGUUCUCCUUCGAGAUGAACCCUCCUCGCAGGAGGGCGCCGCAGGUCUUCGGGAAGAAGAGUCACGCAUUCCACCUAUAGGAACGAUGGCCACCUCGGGUGGCAGCAGGCCAGCGUGGCCACUACCAAAAACGGACGAGCCUGACUGCAGCGCCGACGUGUCAUCGGUCGAUGGUGCCAUGGACGUCGUCCGACCGGCGUCCGAUGCCCUCCACGCAAACUACCCGCGGCCCGCCCCGGUGGCCGCACCUCACUACAACGGCGGUGCCCGCGAACCUCUGCCCCUGGCCAGGAAGCGCCCGUUUCUCGCAGCAAUGACUGCGGCAGGAUGGUCGGCGUCGGUGCAGCAGCCUCAAGGGAGGACGCAGGGCGUGGGGACUCAGCUCGUGCCGGUGGGCCCCCCGUGGGGAGCCUUGGCCCCGCUGAGCUCCGUGUUGACGGAGAAGACGCCCGUGAGCGAGCUCAUGGAGCUGGCGAGCACCAAGGGCCAGCUGUGCAGCUUCAACCUGCUGAGCAGCUCGGGGCCGGCGCACGACCCACGGUUCCGCAUGCAGGCGGUGCUGGGAGACGUUUCGUACAGUGUCGCUGAGGCCUCCAGCAAAAAGCAGGUGAAGCAGAUGGCUGCGCUGAACGCCCUGCAGGCCAUACAAAAGAACAAGGGCGUGGGGACUCAGCCCGUGCCGGCGGGCCCCCCGUGGGGAGCCUGGGCCCCGCUGAGCUCCGUGGUGACGGAGAAGACGCCCGUGAGCGAGCUCAUGGAGCUGGCGAGCACCACGGGCCAGCUGUGCAACUUCAACCUGCUGAGCAGCUCGGGGCCGGCGCACGACCCACGGUUCCGCAUGCAGGCGGUGCUGGGAAACGUUUCGUACGGUGCUGCUGAGGCCUCCAGCAAAAAGCAGGCGAAGCAGAUGGCCGCGCUGAACGCCCUGCAGGCCCUACACAAGGACAAGCGCAACUUGUGCGGCGGGGCCGAGGCGACGUUGCGAUUCCCUGUGAGCGGUGAUGCCGCGUGCACGUUGCCUACCGGCAAAACCGCUCCCUGCACGUUCGCGAGCGACGUGGCGGGGGGCGCAUCGGUGAGGGACAUCCUCCUCAUGACCAACAAGAACCCCGUGAGCACCCUCCUCGAGCUGGCCCAAGCCAAAGGCUUCGCCUGCGACUUCACCAUGGUGGCGCAGUAUGGACCCCCGCACGACCCCAGGUUCGUGAUGCAGGCUAAAGUUGGAGGCUGCGUCUUCCCGCCCGUGACGAGCAACAGCAAAAAACAAGCGAAGACGGACGUGGCCGAGGCGGUGCUGAGGUCUCUGCUGACCGACGGGGCCUCCCUGGGCCUGUCUGACCCGAUGGCGUCCGCACUGAACUACUCCGGCGAACGCACCUUCGAAGACGAAAUCGCGCUGCUCAGCCACCAGGCGUUCAACAGCAUGACAAGCGCGUGCCAGCACCUGCUCACGGGUCGCAAGAUCCUGGCGGCGAUUGUGAUGAAGGAAGGCAACGACGAUCGUGGCAGAGUCGUCAGUUUCGGCACAGGGAACCGCUGCGUGAAGGGCGAGGAGCUGAGCCUGAGCGGGGAGACGGUGAACGACAGCCACGCCGAGGUCAUCACGCGCCGCGGAUUUAUGCGGUUCCUGUAUCACCAGCUGCUGAGCUACGACCCCGCGGAGGCGCAGCCCGGCGUGUUGGUCCCGGGCGAGGACGGGAAACUGCGCGUGCGGGCGGACGUUAGCUUCCACCUCUACAUCAGCACUGCACCUUGCGGAGACGGCGCAAUAUUUGACAAGACGUGCAGCGAUGGGGCGGCCGGGGACCCGCACACACACGCGCCCAUCUUCGACAACAACAAGCAGGGCAAGCUGCGGACCAAGGUCGAGAACGGCGAGGGCACCAUCCCGGUGGAGUCGAGCGACAUCGUGCCCACGUGGGACGGGGUGCAGCGCGGCGAGCGUCUUCGCACGAUGUCGUGCAGCGACAAGGUUCUGCGCUGGAACACGCUGGGCCUGCAGGGAGCGCUGCUCUCCCACUUCCUGCACCCGAUCUACCUAUCCUCCAUCACGCUGGGCUACCUGUACAGCCACGGACACCUGGCGCGUGCCGUGUGCUGCCGCAUGGAGAAGGAAGCAGCCACCUUCAACAGCGUGGCACCCGCGGGCUUCUCCCUGCACCACCCGCGGGUGGGGCGGGUGAGCGUGUACGACUCGGCCAGGCAGGUGGGCAAGACGAAGGAGACGAGCGCCAACUGGAGCCUCGGGGACGAGCGGCCGGAAAUCCUGGAUGGCACCAAGGGCAAGGCUCUGGACCAGACCGGCGCGUUGGUGGUGUCCCGCCUAUCCAAGCGGGCGCUAUCAAAGGCCUUCACCCUCACGUGGCACAAGUUCAAUCACCGGGAGCCACCAGGGGGCGGCAGUUAUGCCGAGGCCAAAAUUGCUGCGGGCGACUUCCAGAUGGCCAAGCAGCGGUUGUGGGAGAGCCUGGAGCGGCUCGGCUACGGAGAGUGGAUCCCCAAACCGCAGGAGGAGGAGCAGUUCUCUAUUAAGGAAUGACAGCGGAGCCGAAGGUACCAUCGUCGUUUAUUCCACGCAAGUCAAGAGGCCGUCCUCUGCGAACGCGGUUGGUGGUGCCAUCAUCCAUUGCCAUCACUUCCACCACCUUCUGCUAGAUCCCGACGUGAUUGCACUAAUAAUUGGGUAAAAAAAAGCUGUUUAAAGGAAGAAGUAUGCCAGAAACCACCACUUAAUAUGUUGUUUCUAUAAGUGGUCAUAUUUGUUCAUUCCGUUGUGGCCACGAGUUGUAGUGGUUGCCCACUCGUAUAAGCAUGGGGUGGCAUUACACUCAUGUUCACAGCUCUAGACCAGUGGUGGAAAUUGCACAUUUUUAUGAUGGGGGUGAGUUAAUCCAUAAGAAAACAACUAUUGACUUAUUUAUUCCACCAUAGAGGAAUGACUAGCUCAGUCAACCCCCGAUGAGGAUUUGAACCAACAACUUUCAGCUUUACGAGCUGCAUGCUCUGAAGUAUAAACUACUUUUACAUUUCUGUAAUUCUAGCUGAUGGCUUCGUGAUGUUGUCAUCGCACAAUUGCUUUGUUUUUUUCUCAUCGAGUGCCUGGAAGGUGAGUGGACAAAGAUGGUCACUGUGUAUCUAAUGGGUGCAAUAAUAGCAGUGAGGCCACGUUCAUAAAAGGGCCAGAUAAAGUGGUCCAAGAUUCCCUGCCUUGUUGUGUGUGUCAGACAUAGCGUGCUUUUGAAUUUGAGUGUCAUUUUUUUUCUGCACAAGUAAAAGCUUUAUUAGAGUUAAGCACUCCAUUGCUGCCCACAAUGAUGUCGGCCGCUAUCUCUAGGCCAGGAAUGUAACGAUUUCACGAGUCGCUUAUUUGUCAUUGACGAAUGUGUCGGGAGGUCAUUGAGAUCAGUUCGACUGCCGUAGGUUCUCACAGUUGCGCUGCGUUGUACGGCGUACCAUUUUCUACGGUAUCCGACGUUUUGCUCCCAUGUUGCUUCGAGCCUUGUUAGGAAAUGUAAUUCUAAAAUUCAGAACAACAACACGCAGUAUAACACGAAAACAUCCUGGAAAGCUCUGGGAAUCACUAUUUACGCUUACAAUACAUGUGUAGUGGUUUCCACAAAGGCACACACUUUAACUUGGAGGCAACACGUUUAUUACAACACCCCAACAGGGUUUUUACAUAAACGUACACUGGUUAACUAGACCACAACGGGGUAACUACAUAACCGGGUCAGUCAGUGACACACUGCCUGACCCACGAUGCCGAGUGUAAAGACCGAAGACCUAAGACGUCACUACACAUGCAUUGAGUCAGCAGCGUGUGAUUUUUAAUCACUGUAGAUUUUACAUGCAAUACAGUGGGAAAAAAAAUUAAUUGACUUAGGAAUUUAAGAGCAAGCCUUGAUUCUUGACGGUUUGUCAAAUCGCUGAGUGAGGGAAAAUGUAACAUCUAUACAAUAGGAACUUCUCAAACUAUGUCAGUGAUUUAAAGCUUUCGUGACUGCAGGGAUUCAUUUUCUUGGUUCUUUCGGUAAAGUCACGUAGAAGGGAAACAAUAAAGUAAUAAUUUAUUUUUUAU